UAAAAAACAUAAAGUUAAGGGACCCUAAAAAUGAAGAUUAAUAAAAGACGUCGGUAUACGGUGUCGUUCGAAGUAUCAGUUAAGUAGCAAUUUCCGGUGCGCAAGACUAGACGCUAGAGUGAGCAGAGUCGCUGUCUUCUUCUUCACCAAAACUCAAAACGGCAACCUCCUGAAGGCGAAAUUAAUCGAUCAUGUCAACACAAGCAGAAGACGAAACGACACUUAUAGUCAGUUUAAAAUCUCAACUGAUUUCCCUCCAAAACAGAGUAAAGGAACUGGAAGCUCAAAAUUCUAAGUUAUCCUCUCAACUCUCAAAUUGCCGCUGCAUUCAGUUGCAGGCAGAGCAGAAGCUUGAUGCAUCUACCAAAAAGAAAAACAAACAGAAAAAUCCAGGUGAUGGUACAAUUACCAUGUAUAAUCACCAGUUCAAGAGAUAUGUUGCGCUCAAACUCAUGUAUUUUGGUCAAAGGUUUUAUGGCUUUUCUUCGGAAGGACAAAUGGAUCCAACUGUUGAGUCUGAGAUUUUUAAAGCUCUUGAAAGGACCAGACUUUUAGUUGGGGACAAGAAGGAGAUACAGUAUUCACGAUGUGGUAGAACAGACAAAGGAGUUUCUGCUGUUGGGCAAGUCAUUGCUUUGUUUUUACGAUCCAAAGUCAAAGGCGUUGGCGCCAUCAACAAAGUUCUAGGGGAAACCGCUUAUGAAGAACAUAAUGAUGAAGAAAUUGAUUAUGUAAGAGUAUUAAAUCGAGUCCUUCCAAAUGAUAUUCGGAUUAUUGGUUGGUGUCCUGUUCCUCAUGAUUUUAGUGCAAGGUUUAGCUGUCUAAGUAGGGAAUAUAAGUAUUUCUUUUGGAGUGACAAUUUGAAUCUCUUGGCUAUGGAGAGUGCUGGUAAGAAGUUUAUUGGAGAGCAUGACUUCAGAAACUUUUGUAAGAUGGAUGCAAUAAAUGUGCACAAUUAUAGGCGAAAAGUUACCUCAUUUGAAAUUUCCCCUUGCUGUAUAAGGUCAGAAGGCAAUCAACUUUAUGCAAUAAAUAUUAGAGGUAGUGCUUUCCUGUGGCACCAAGUCCGGUGUAUGGUUGCUGUACUAUUUAUGGUCGGGCAAGGUCUCGAAUCCCCUGAUGUGAUAGAUGUGUUACUGGAUACUGACAGGACACCAAGGAAACCCCAGUAUUGCAUGGCUCCAGAAGUUCCUUUGGUACUUCAUUCUUGUGAAUUUCAAGGCCUUAAGUUUACUUGUUCAACAGAUGCGGGGCAAGCUUUGCGUACUCACUUGGAGAAUGAGUGUCGACUAUACCAACUCCAGGCUGCUAUUUUUCACGAGGCCCUAUUUUGUUGUGUGCCUUUCUCAAAUGAUAGGAGCUUGUCAAACAAUGGAAUGGUCAGAAAGAAAGCCUCCCAUGUUCCUAUCAUGUUGAAGCCAACUGAGCCAUCUUAUGAAGAGCGCCGCCUUAAACUAAUAAAUGUGAAGCUAAGAGCUUGCUGACUUAUCAACUGGAGUUCGGCUGAUCGAGAAUCUAGCUACAUACAUUUGUAAUUCAGCGUUAAAACUUAGUGGGGAGAGUUCUGCCGCCUAGCUGGUACUGCCCAGCUCGAAUUCAGAUUAGUCGGCGUCAAUGUGGUGAUUGAAAUACCAGAUAGUUAAACCAAAAAUGAAUAUUUACUGUGUUUUUUUUUCUUAUUCCAGUGUUAAACGAUCAAAUGGGUGUAUGCUAAAAAUGCAACCCUAUUUGCUCAUUUACGAUU